AUGGGAAACACCGAUGUCAUGGUUAAGCGAGCUCAUACGGACUUUGGGGACUACGAGGAAGAUGUGGUUGCCGAGAUCCUAGCUAGGUUGCCGGUCAAACUCUUGAUGCGAUUCCGGUGCGUCCGCAAGUCGUGGCGUGCUUUGAUUUCCAAACCCUAUUUCUCAAAGAAACACCUCGGCUACAGAGAGAGCCCGCGCAAGCUCAUUUUCAAAGUGGAUCCUCUCUUGGCUUUGGACUUGGAAACUAUUAAUGUUUAUGUUACUGGCGAUGGUGGUCAGUUUGGUGUCACUCCGCUGGAUCUCUCGGUACAACGUUGGUCAGUUAUUCAUGGUGCUUGCAAUGGCUUGGUAUGUGUAAAAGUUGACAACGUUAUUCUGUUAUAGAACCCUUUUACCAGGGACUCCAAAGUUUUACCAAAACAUCCUUCAGUAGCAUGGAGCAAGGAUUUUUAUGGAUUCGGGUAUGAUUCUGCUAAUGACGACUACAAGGUGAUACGGGGGUUCAAAUAUUUAAAUGGUGCUAAGAAAAUCAUGAUUCACAUCUUUUCACUGAAAGCAGGGUUGUGGAGGACUGUCGUGGACAUUGAUUAUGUUGCAUGUACUACGCGUCAGGGGUUGUUCUUAACGGAGCUCUGCAUUGGGUAUAUUGUCCACAUGAAGGGGGGCUCAAGAAUUCUGUCUUUUGAUUUAGGGGCGGAGAAGUUUCAGAAUACGGUUCCAUUACCCUAUGCUGACUACUGGUUUCGUGAUCCUUUUAUUCAUUAUAACUGUCUCUGUGUGCUUACUUGCCCAACUGAAACUAACAGCUUCAACAUAUGGAUGAUGAAAGAAUAUGUGGUCAAGGAGUCAUGGACUCAAGUAGUACAAUUUUCUGCUGCAGAUUUUCUUAGAAAGUAUUUCAGGCCUCUGUUCAUUUUGGAGAAUAGUCUAGUUUUGAUUAACACUAUGACUAUGUGUUACGGGAUGAGUUUGCAAUGCACAAAUAGGACCGCGCGGCACUUGUUAAUUGAUGAGUGA